AUGGUGAAGCAUGUGACCUAUGAUGGCUUAAUUGAUUGCAUGAAGUAUGUAGCCGCUCUGACCCGGGUGCUAAAAGGAGGGGUGCAGCAGAAGCUCUACUGGUACUUUAAACUGUAUGAUAUAGACGGGAGUGGCUGCAUCGACCAUGAGGAGCUGCUUCUGAUAAUUAAGUCCAUCCGUGCGAUCAAUGGAAUUCCUGGUGAGAUGUCAGCAGAAGACUUUGCCAACAUGGUGUUUGACAAGACUGACAUCAGUGGAGAUAGGGGGGAUAGAUGGAAAAAGCUCGCCAAAUUAUUCACUAAAUAUGAAUCUAUGUCACCACCAGCAGUGAAGGAUUUGAGUUCAGUGUGUGUGUUUGUUUAUUUCCCAAGUGAACUGUCCUAUGAGGAGCUCAUGGAGGUGGUUCAGAAUGACGAAAUACUGCUGAAGACACUAACAGAAAGCUUGGACCUCAAGCUCUGCACCCUGUGCCAAGAAUUCAAGGAGAUAUGAGGGCCAACAUUUAAUAUUUCCAACUUUAUGUACCACUGAAAUAUAUAUUUGGUAUAACUGCACCACAACUGAAUGAGUGAAGAUGUGGGUUCAGGAUAACCCACAAAUCAUCAUCAGGACAAAUGGAUGUCGAAAAAAUCUCUGGGUCAUUGUCAGAGUACAGCAUGGUUGUACUGUUUUUGUUUUUUCCUCACAUAUUCAUGGGCCAGCAAAGACUUUCCAUCUAUAUUAAAGAUGUAUUCAAUGAAAGGACACAAACUUUAAAAUGCAAAGUGUGUCACCUCAUAGCUUCUAAUGAUUUCAACAUGCACCUAAAAAACUAAAACACAUAUUUUCAAGCUAUCUACGAAUGUGGCAAUAACAGUGAAAACAAAAUGUUAGGAUGCUACUUUUUGAUAAAAUGUCUUCUUGUCAGCUUCAGGUUCUGAAAUAACUGAAACAAAUUCAAUAGGUCUACGUUAUAAGGACAAGUUAAUAACGUAUAUUGUCCAGCUGUAUCAGCACUGAAAUGAAACUCUGCAUGAUUUCUGUCCAGUGCCCAUUAAGUGCCAUUAUUGCCAUGAAUUUUAGCCACUGCAUGCUGUUUGACAUUAAAUACAUGCUGAACUUUAUGUGUUUUAAGUAAAACCUAGUACCAGUAGAAUCCAGAGACCCCUUAACUUCCUUAAUUGUAGUAUUUUAUGUACUGUACAGUAAAGGCCCCUGAGAUUUCUCUGCUUCUGAAGGUAUUUUUGUAAAGCCUUUACAGAAAAGCUGUUUUAUACUUUGAAUUAAUUACAUGUAAAGAACUAUACUACACUGAGGUAGACUGGACUGUAGCUGUAAUGUA